GUAGCCUAAUUUGGCACUCUUAAGCUCACUGAAACUUUUAAAAUGGACAGGGAAAGUUAUUUUGGAGUCUGUGAUUUUGACGACUGUAGUGGUUCUAAGUCUCACUGCGUACACAUUCUAGGAAGCAAAGAGCGAGAGGCCACGAAUUCAAUUUCCUUGGUUUUUUCUUGUUCAGGGCUUUGAUUUUUUUGAUCAUAUUCUUUUUGAUUCAGGUAGAACGCUCUUUAAUUACCUUUUGAAGAACUUAUUGCAUAUUUGCUUAUGAAGCCUCAUAAAAGGUAGACCUUGCCCUUUGGAAAUGUCUCGAUGCCUCCGUCCUUAAUUGGAUAUAUGGCUCCAUUCCUCCCGAUCUUUUCACUACCAUUCUCCUCAAGGAUGACACUGCUCAAAGUGCCUGGACUCGUCUCGAGUCCAUGUUCCAAGAUAACAAAGCUUCCCGAGCCUCCCAUCUCGAACAAGAACUUGCUGACCUUGAUUUCGAGAAUUUUUCUUCAAUUGACGGCUAUUGUAAUCACAUCAAAUCCCUCGCCGAUCGUCUUGCGGAUGUUGAUGCUCCGAUUCCCGAUACCCGUCUCAUCCUAAAAAUGACGGCUGGCCUUCUCGAAGCAUAUGCCAGUACGGUGGACUUUAUCCAAAAUCAAGAACCAUUGCCCUCUUUUGAAAGUUGCCGAUCUCGCUUGAAAUUAGCAGAACGAACCAUCAAAAACCGUCUUGCUAAGGAGGGGGGGUCCAAGAAUUCCUCUGCGACCACCCUUAUUUCCACCGCCGGCAGCCAGUAUCAUUCGGACUCCUCUGUGAACUCCUCCAGAUAAAACAACAAAGGAGGGAUGCAAAAGAAGUCCAACUCCAAACAAACUGGAAAGCCACGCUCUAAUGGGCCAACCCAACAGCAGUCCGACCCAUUUAAUGGGCAACCUUGGUUUUUUCAGCAAGGUCAGUGUUCCUGGCCAGCUUUGUGGGCACUUAGCAGGCCCAGUGGCCCAGCCCCCCUGCCCAUAUCCAUCCCAAUCUUGGGCACCGAGGCCUGCUGCCUCUUCUUCUGGAUCAUGGCCUACUGGGCCUGGUAUAUUGGGUCCGGCUCCGCAAGCUUACAGUGCUAUGGAAAAUGGUCGGAAUCCUUCUCCGACGCAUAUCAAAGCUGCGAUGCAAAUGCUUGCUAAUCUCAACCUUCCGGACAACAAUUAUUAUAUGGACACUGGAGCAACAUCUCAUAUGACGGCCGAUCAAGACGGAGGCCAAUCUAAUGAGAUGUGACAGUACUGGUGACCUAUAUCCAAUCUUUCCAUACAAUCAAGCCAACUCUUCCGUCCAACAUUCAAAUUUUACAUUUCUUUCUUCCGAUCUUUGGCAUAAUCGACUAGGACACCCUGGGGAUGCUGUUCUUAGAUUUUUAAGUAGUCAAAAAUUUAUUGAAUGUAAUAAGACUUGUAACUCUUUUUGUUCAUCAUGUCCUUUAGGGAAACAUGUUAAAUUGCCUUUCAAUAAAUCCAUGUCGCAUACUGCUUUACCUUUUGAUAUCAUUCAUAGUGAU